UUGUGAUCAACUACGAUCUCCCCACAAAUCGCGAGAACUACAUUCACCGAAUAGGCCGCUCAGGCCGAUUUGGCCGCAAAGGCGUCGCCAUCAACUUCCUCACAUCGGGCGAUGUGCGCUACAUGCGUGAUAUUGAAGCUUUCUAUAACACGCAGAUAGAAGAAAUGCCCAUGAAUGUCGCGGACCUCAUUUAA